AGGGGCACAGACAGCAAAACAAAUGUUAGAAGGGUGUUAACUCUUGCCUAUGCUAUCCAAAAAAACAUAAAAAGGCUUAAUCCUCUGCAUUGUGCAAAAAUGCUGUUUGAUCCUGUCUUCUUUAAUCCUCCCCUUCUUCUAGUGUCUCCUUUUUAUCUCCUGAUAAGACAUUUUGUGUGGAGACACUCUGCACAUGCUCAAUUUGGUGUGUAUUGCUAGAGGUUUUUUUUUUCUUGGGAGACUGUAUGCGAUCAGCACAGGGCCAAUCAGCACCGUCCAGACAGAGGUCAGGGGUUCUGCAUCCUCCUAGAGAAAACU